UCAAAUUUAUUAGUACUGUGUAUGUCUGGGUCUAUAUGUCUACACAAUUUUUAUAUGGGACGUCUUUGUCAAUGCGAUUAUCAUAUCACUACUGUAUGCCACGUUGGUAUAUCGCAGAUCUAAUCCAGUCGCAGAUACCUCGAUCUCAAAACAAUAAAUUACACAAUUGGUCUAAACAAAUUAAAAUAAAGAUUAUUUAGUAUCUCAUACCAUUCAUAUCAACUUAAUCUAUUGGAGAAAACACAUUAAGAUAACGGUUUGUGGGUGAAUAGUUUUCGUAGUCGAUUUGAGUUUCAUUACUGUUACGCUAUAUUAUAUUCUACAUAUGUUUCUUGUUAAGGAAGUACCGUAGUCUAUAAAGUACGUUUUAUACUGCAAACUUUGUUUAUGCCUGAAUUGCAUUCAAAAGAACACUACCUUAAAUAGUAGAAUGUAAAAUUGACGACUUGAACAGGUAAACAGCCAGCUUUUGUGGCUGAACAAUGACAAUGAAUUUGAACAAUAUGUCAUCACAACAAGAUAACAUCAUAGAUAUGUGUACUUCAUAGCCUAUCGACUCUUGAGUAAGUAGACCUAUAAUUUUGCUAUAGUUAUCUUCUAAUUAUACACUCGAGUUGUUAAAGGUAAGUUAUCAUAGGCCUGCAUCAUAUCAUCACAUUUUGUUUAAGUUUGUGAACAGUAAAUGUGUCAUAGUUUUUCAAAGUAGAUAGCUCUCGUGUGCGAAAGGCUUCAUGAAGAUUGUGAAUAUUAGGCCUACACACAAUGUUUUUAGGCCUACAAUUAUAUUGGAACUGUAACAUUUCGUAGCGCUAUUACUGUAAUAGUCAAUUAUGGUCAUGUUGUCAUGGGUUUUUAUGAUUCAAGAUUUAGACAAGACUAAAAUGGAUUUUGUAUACAAAUUUGUACACAUAACGAUGAUGGUGAGUAGCAUGAUAAUUUGGUGUAGCAUGAUCACAGUAAUAACUGGUAGGCCUAUGGAAUGUUUCCGAGGCGGGCUUAUUUUAGCAUGAUGAUGGUGAUCUUGUGUAGCAUGAUCAAUGAAGCAGGCCUAUGCACAGUGAUAAUUAUCACGAGUGUAACAUAUUACUCACUGGUAUAUUAUGCUAAUCAUUGGAAUUGUUGCAUUGACCAUCGGUGUAGCAAUUUUUUUUAUAAAACGAAUAUUCCACUAGAAAUUGUGCAAACCAAAAAAAAGACAAAAUGUGUAUAUAAUAUCUAGCAAACCUUAGUACAGGGGAUGAGGCGCCAGGAAUUCCCCGACGAGAGGUCCAAGCUCCCUGACAAGGGGACUUGCCAACACUUAUGAGUGGCCGAAUACUCCUGGCGACGCAUUGUGCACUCAUUUUCAGACGCGUCAACAUAGGGUAAGUACAUAACAGAAUCUCUCAGCAAUUACAGGGUGGAACGAAGUUCUAUUUAACUCUAAGUCUGUAUCAGGCUUAAGUAGGCCUAGAGUUAUUCAGCCAUGAGAAGAGUGGACGCAUUCACGAAUCUAGUAUUGAUAAUCCCGGUAAUCAAUGUUUGUUUAAAUAUAGGCCUAUAUUAAUAUAAACAUUUUAGUAAAAAUAAUUAUUAACUGUCUUUUAAAUGUAGUAUACUUAAAUUAUAACUGUAAAAAGCAAAUGCUACUAUUAAUAACAAAGCGUGUAGGCAUAGGGCACUAUAUAUCGAGAAAAAAAAAGAAACACACAAAGCAUCCCAAAAAUGCUUGUGGACCCACAUCAACAUUGGUCAAAUCAUCAUCAGCAAGCCCAGGAACUUCAGAAGCCCAUCGGGAUCUACUAAAUCGAUCUUCAGUUUUUACUCUACACUGUAAAUAUUGUCUGCACACGUUUUAUUAUUAUUGUUAUUAUUUUUAAUGUGACCACAUGUGUUGUUACCUUUGCAUCUUAGACAAUACUCAGCCGGGAUCUGCUCUUCAACGUAAAAGUAGAAAGAAAACUUGUAACACAUAAAGUAAGUAACAAACUAUCAUUAGUUGCCUUACUACUCUAUAUUUGUUUGUUGUAAUCAUUUUUUUUUUAUUUUUAAGAUUUAAUUUCAUUGUCACACUUGUUUUGACGAUCAUAAACAUGCAUUGGCUAAUGGUCAUGCUCAUACUUCUCAAAACAGGAGUCGCUACUGCUGUAACAACUCAAGCCCCAGAUUGCCUACCAGUAUUUAAAACGUUAGCCUCCGGAGAACAUCAGAUAGUAAAUUCUUCGAACUACCCAGUUAGCUAUCAGCACGAUCUGGACUGCUAUUGGGAGUUUACGGCACCAGAGAAUCAUCACAUAUUGCUUACAUUAUACGAUGUUGAUAUUGAGAGUGAAUACGACUACCUUUUAGUAGGAAAUGGAGGAGAUACCAAUGCGACUAUAGCGCAAAUAUCAGGUUCAAGGAACCCUGGUAGCUUUCGAUCAACUGGCAAUGUGAUGUGGUUACGAUUCAUUACUGAUGCCAGUGUUGCAUAUAGUGGUUUUCAUGCAAAUGUAAAAGCAGUACUAGAGUAUGAUACUUGUGGUUUUACAUGCCGUGAUGGUGUUUGUAUGCGAGAAUCAUUUUUUUGUGAUAUGGUAAACGAUUGCUUAAAUGCUGAAGAUGAACUGGACUGUGUAUAUGAAUGUGAAGCUCUAGCUGUUAUAAGCCUUGGCUAUGCUGGUGAAUCACAGUCGUUCACUUCACCCCAUUACCCGGACAACUACUACAACAACAUAAACUGUCAAUGGAAUAUACGUGCCUCAGAUGAUCUUUUGAUUCUGCUCGAGUUUAAUGACUUUCACCUGGAGUUUGGAUUUGAUUUUGUGUUCAUAAGUUCAGGAAACAGUUCAUUAAAUCAAUUCUCUUUUACUGGAGAAAAUGUCCACUCUAUAUUGUCUGAGAGUAGCAAAAUGUCGGUAUUAUUGACCACGGAUGGAAGUGUAACCGAAAGAGGCUUUCUUGCAACUGUGAAAGCAGUUAAUCGAAAUGCUUCCGAAGCACCAACCAUUGUCUGCCCAGAAGAUUUCAUAUAUGGUAAGCCAGAACAUGUUCAUUUCAACGUGACUGCGACAGAUAAUGAUGGCGCUGUUUAUAUCACUUGUGAUCACUUGUCUGGAAGUUCGUUCAAUGAUACAACACUAGUUUCAUGUUUUGCAAAUGAUACUACCGGAAAUAGCUCUACCUGCAAUUUUACAGUAAUCAUAGAUAUGAAGGCCCCAAUAAUAAACUGUACUAUCGACCAGAUCACAUCAUUCAUUCCAUUGGUUAACUUCAGCCAGCCAAUAGCAGUUGACGACUUAUCCGAACCGAAUGUUGAUUGCUUUCCUUUUUCUGGAUCAAGGUUUCCAAUUGGUAACACGACCGUUACGUGUACUGCAAGGGAUCAUGUCAAUAACACAGCUACCUGUUCUUUUGUUGUUAAUAUCUCUUCUGAAGUGCCAGACAUUGUCUGCCCAGAAGACCACGUAUAUGAUACACCAAGCUAUGUUCAUUUCGACGUCACUGCGACAGAUAAAGAGGGCGCUGUUUAUAUCACGUGCGACCACUUGUCAGGGAGUUUCUUCAAUGAUGGUUCUACACUAGUUUCAUGCGUAGCAAUUGAUAUUACUGGUAAUAGAGUUACCUGCGUUUUUAAAGUAAUCAUAGAUAUAACGGAUCCAGUGAUAAACUGUACUACAGACCAGAUAACAUCAAUCAUUCCAUUGGUGAACUACAGCCAGCCAAUAGCAGUAGACGACUUAUCUAAACCGAUUGUCGAUUGCUUUCCGGUUUCCGGAUCAACGUUUCCCAUUGGUUACACGACCGUUGAGUGUAUUGCAAGGGAUCAUGUCAACAAUACAGCUAACUGUUAUUUUGUUGUAAAUGUCUCUUCUGAAGCGCCAGACAUUGUCUGCCCAGAAGACCACGUAUAUGAUACACCAAGCUAUGUUCAUUUCGACGUCACUGCGACAGAUAAAGAGGGCGCUGUUUAUAUCACGUGCGACCACUUGUCAGGGAGUUUCUUCAAUGUUGGCUCCACACUAGUUUCAUGCGUGGCAAUUGAUAUUACUGGUAAUAGAGUUACCUGCGUUUUUAAAGUAAUCAUAGAUAUAACGGAUCCAGUGAUAAACUGUACUACAGACCAGAUAACAUCAAUCAUUCCAUUGGUGAACUACAGCCAGCCAAUAGCAGUAGACGACUUAUCUAAACCGAUUGUCGAUUGCUUUCCGGUUUCCGGAUCGACGUUUCCCAUUGGUUACACGACCGUUGAGUGUAUUGCAAGGGAUCAUGUCAACAAUACAGCUAACUGUUAUUUUGUUGUAAAUGUCUCUUCUGAAGCGCCAGACAUUGUCUGCCCAGAAGACCACGUAUAUGAUACACCAAGCUAUGUUCAUUUCGACGUCACUGCGACAGAUAAAGAGGGCGCUGUUUAUAUCACGUGCGACCACUUGUCAGGGAGUUUCUUCAAUGUUGGCUCCACACUAGUUUCAUGCGUGGCAAUUGAUAUUACUGGUAAUAGAGUCACCUGCGAUUUUAAAGUAUUCAUAGAUAUAACGGAUCCAGUCAUAAAUUGUACUACAGACCAGAUAACAUCAAUAAUUCCGUUGGUGAACUACAGCCAGCCAAUAGCAGUUGACAACUUAUCCAAACCGACUGUUGAUUGCUUUCCUAUUUCUGGAUCAACAUUUCCUAUUGGUUAUACGACCGUUGCGUGUACUGCAAGGGACUAUGCUAAUAACACAGCUAGUUGUUCAUUCGCUGUUAAUGUCUCUUCUGAGGCACCAAAUAUUUUCUGCCCAGAAUACUACAUAUAUGGUACACCAAGAUAUGUUCAUUUCAACGUCACUGGUACAGAUAAAGAGGGCCCUGUUUUUAUCACGUGUGACCAUUUGUCAGGAAGUUUGUUUUUUAAUACCACACUAGUUUCAUGCUUAGCAACUGAUAUUACUGGAAAUAAUGCUACCUGCGACUUUAAAAUAACCAUAGAUUCUGAAGCACCAACCAUUGUUUGUCCAGAAGAUGUCGCAUAUGGUAGCCCUAGACAUGUCAAUUUUAACAUGACUGGAACAGAUAAAGAAGGCACUAUUAAUAUAACGUGUAACCAUUUGCCUGGAAGUCUGUUCGAUGAUACCACACUAGUUUCGUGCGUAGCAAUUGAUAUUGCAGGAAACAGUGCUACCUGCGAUUUUAAAGUAAUCAUAGAUACAGUAGCUCCAGUUAUUUCCUGUCAGAAGGGCGAGUUAAAGUAUACAACGCCUUAUGUAAACUACAGGAACCCAACGGUGACUGAUGACCAAUCCACUAAUCCAACUGUAUCGUGUCAACCUGAAUCUGGUUCUGUUUUUGAAGUUGGUGAUACUCUCGUUGAGUGCAUAGCUAUCGAUGACGUUAACAAUGCUGCAUCGUGUUCAUUUCUUGUUAAAGUGUCAAAAUACAAAGACGUUUUUCCACCCAGCAUCACUUGUCCAAUGGAUAUCAUUUCACCAAGCCAAUCUCCAGAUUGGACCAUUCCAAUUGCCACAGAUGACCAAACACAGUCACCGCCGGUUGAAUGUUCACCGGAUCCAAAUAAAGAAUAUGCAAUUGGAUCCGUGAAUGAGGUCACUUGUACUACGAUUGAUGACGCAGGAAAUAAAGCGUUGUGUUCAUUUACAAUAAGUGUUGCAUCUGAAACAUCCACUGAAAUUGUAAAAAUAACAGAGAUGGUAACCGACGAAAGUGUGGAAGAUGUGAGUCAAGAGUUGGACGAAUACUUAGAGGAGGUUGACAUGUUGGAGCCGGUGGAUGUUGUAGUCACAUCUGUGGCUUUAGAGGCAAUCACGAAUUUGGGUUCACCUGAUAAAAACGUUACAGAAGCUGUUGUUAGUAUUGUCGAUGUGGUUGUUGGAACCACAGAUCUAAACGUACCGCCCAAAACAACCGCUAGUAUACUCGAUUCGUUUGAAGAUCAGGUGGAUGUUAUUGCAAAUUCUGGUGAAAAUUACACGCAAGUCGAAGAAAAUAUCGCAAUACAAACUCUGAGUCUUGACUCAAACACAAUUCAGAGUAAUGUAAAAUUCAUCGUAUCUGGAAAUGCUACAAAUACCCGCGUAUGUGUUGGUAAUGAAUGCAGUGAAACCGUGGCAUUUUCAGUCACUUUACCUAAAAGCAUCUUAAAGGCAUCUGAAGGUAAAGGUGUAAAUAUAAGCUUUGUUGUGUAUACCAAUGACAAGCUUUUCUCUUCGAAUCGUGAGAGCGAAACAAAUACUACAGGAACCGUUUUAUCUGCAACGGUGUACACCGAUGAGGUUCUACCACCAGUAUUCGAAGAUCCAGUUGAAUUGACGUUUACUGCGCCAGAGUAUCCAUCUUCGAGUACAUACAAGUGUGCUUACUGGAAUGAAACAAUGAAUGAAUUUGGAGAUUGGUCCUUCGAAGGCUGCAACUUUACUGGAUUACUUGAAAACCGACAGAUAAUAUGCGAGUGCACCCACUUAACAAACUUUGCUGUCUUAAUUUUUCCAAAUUCUAAUCCAUCAUAUUUGAGCAUCGUCACUUACAUUGGUUGCAGUAUGUCAAUCAUUGGUCUCAUCAUUACCAUAGUAACGGUUCUUGGUAGCAAAUCAAUUCGAAGCCGUCAACCUCAGCAAAUAAUGGUGAAUCUAUGUUUCUCAAUGUUGUUUCUCUACAUCGUGUUUCUAUUUGGUGUCGAUACUGCUCGACAUGGGAGCAAUGGAUGUAUCACUGUUGCCGUACUUCUCCACUAUUUUUUACUGACGACGAUUGCAUGGACUGCCGUGGAAGCAGCCAAUAUAUACUACCUUAUUAUCAACGUAUUUAACCAGCCAACUUCGAGGUUCAUGAGCCUCUCGUUAGCACUUGCAUGGGGUCUACCUUGGAUUCCAAUUAUCAUUAUGCUGUCUGUCGACAAACAUUUUUACAAUAACGACAAAUACUGUUACAUCAACAGUGCUGAAAAGGUAGCCCUUAUCGGUGGAAUCGUUGCGCCUAUAAGCAUUAUUAUCUUUGGGAACUGCAUCGUUUUUGGUUUGGUUGUCAGGAAGAUAUUUAUUAACACCCAAGGUAAAAUCGCUGAUCCAUCGAAAAAUGAAACCAGGGAGCGACUGCUCAACGCAGUGGCUAUUUCAUGCUUGCUGGGGCUUACCUGGAUCUUCGGAUUUCUGUCUUUCGAUCAUGAUGGCCAGGUGGUUUUCUUGGUGUUGUUCUGCAUCUUCAACACAUUUCAAGGUGUGGCAAUCUUUGUGUUGUUCUGCUUUUUGCGUAAAGAAUGCAAAGACGUGUGGAAAGCAUGGUUCAAGAAGUGCGGAGUUCAGAAACCGACGUUCCUCUCUAGCUUCCUUUAUAAGCGUUCCGAGUGCUUGGUGGAUGGUGGAGCCGAAAUUAGUAAUAUCGGAUCCAGUGAAUUCACACAACAAACUAACGCAUCGUUCAAUUCUGAAUCAAAGUUUUAGUAUUAUAUAGAUUUCGAAACUCAUUGAUAAGAUAGAUAGCUGCGAUAACUGUAUUUCAGCAUAUCAUUAUGACGAGUACCACUUUUUGCGAUUCAUUUCAUCUUUAAUAUUAUGUUACAUAACCAUUUUUAUGCAUUGCGUAUAAAAGCAUGCAAAUGUUUUAUGUGUAUAGUCGUUAUUGUCUGAGAUUUAAAUGAAACAUAUACACAGAUCUACAUAUAAUUAUAAAUGUAUCGUCCAAAACGGAGUCGGGUAAAUGUUCGUUCCUCUGUUUCUACAAAAAUAAGGGAGUGGGCACUCUAAUCAUUAGAUGUUUGCGUGCUCAUAGCGCGUAUAAUUAUUACGUAAUUCAAGAUAUAGAAAACAAUCAUUCUUGCAAAUAUUGCUUUUGCAAAAUUUACGAAAGUAUGGUCUGAUUUUAGAAUUAAGACGUACUUUAUAUUUAUGAAGCACAGGUGGUGUCAAUACUUUUAUAUAACUGUAGCAGUUGGGCAGCCCCUAAAAGCAUGUUCGAGAAAGUUGAUACAGUCGAGUCCGCCAAAGUCGACUCUGUUUAAGUCGCGUCAGUCGAAUUUUUGAAAAAGUCCCAAUUCUUUCCUAUGUAUUACUGUGUAAAUUGUUUGUUUAAUUCGAAUUUUUAUAAGUCGAAUUUCGGCUAUAUCGACGAAAUUUUCCGGUCCGAAUAGGCCGAUUUUAAAGUAAUUUCAACCACACAAGUCGAAGUUCCAAAUUUUGUAGCGCACGUGGGAAAAUACACAGCCGUGGGAAAAUACAAAGUUCAAUCCUUGUUGUACGGCAACAAGUUAGCCAAGUCAAAACUAACAUCUCAUACCAGCGCGAUGUGGAACUUGGCUCACACGAUCGUAUGUCGUAAGUUGCAGUCUACUCUCACAAUGUUCAGUUUGUCGUCCAGUUCAGUUUAUAGAACUUGUAUUGAACCCAUUUUGAACAAGAUUGUUGUAGUCUGGGCCUAGCUAUUUAAUUAAUUUACCAAAGCCCUGGAUUCUUUUGACUAGGCCUAGCCUAGCCUACGCAAAUUCAACACAUUAUUUAACAAUACCUACAGUACCU